AUGGACGCACAUCAUGAUAUAUUCUAUGAAACAUUUCCACAUAAUUCUAAAGAUUCAAAGCGACAAUAUAAAGAUUCAAAGCAACAACAUAAAUAUUAUUCAGAAGUUUUUCAAUUUUUUGGAGGUAUAAGAAGUUUGGAUGAUUAUAUUUGUCUGUUUCUUGUCGUAUGGAAUAAUGAUCCAGAUCUUUUUAAUGCACUUGAGGAGUUUUAUUUUGAAUCAUCAGUCAUUCAAAAUGCAAUAUGUAAUAUAUCUUCGCACUGUGGAAAUGUUACUAUGGAUUAUUGGUUUGCACAAUAUAUUCAAAGUAUAGAAUCAAGGAAUGCACAAUUGCAAUAUGAAAUAAUUAAUGUUAUUAUUGAUUACCUUCACAACCAACAUAAUUUACCAAAUUCCGUGCAAGAAUGUCUAUCUAAUAUGGAUCCACCACGAAGACAUCUAUUACGUUUGAUAUGUACUUUUGGGAUUCAAUCUUAUUUUUAUUUACAAUUUGUAAACUAUAUUUCUUCAACCCAAUUUAUGCCCCAUAUUAAUUUUAUGUUUUAUGGAAGCUACCCGAAAAUACAAGAAGUACAAAAUAUACAAAAUAAUAAAUCAGAACAGAUAACAGUUUUAGCAACAAAAAACAACGAAUUGGUCAAUGAAACUAAAUGUGAAAAAGACAAAUCAUUGAAAAAUUCGAUCAAGAAACAAUCAAACAAAUUAUCUUUGGGAAAAACAUCACAGGAUGAUAUAAAAAGCAUGCGUCAAGAAAUAGAACGUUUGCGUCAAGAAAUAGAAUAUUCAAGAAGUGAAGCAGCAAAAUAUCAAGCUGAGUUAGGGGAUGCUACAAAUUGCAUAUGGAAAGACGAUGAUCCUAAUAAUCCUUGUCGUUUAAGUGAAGAAUUUAAACAUCUUCAAGAUGAAUUGUUUAAUUUCGCCAAGGUAAAAGGAGGGUCUAUAAAAAUUCAUGCACAAGCGGUUAAUGACCUGUUUAAAAAAUAUAAACGCUCAAUAACGUCUGAUGACCCAGGAAUGAAAUCAAUUCUUUCUGCUGUCUUACAAAGACAUGUAUUUGACUUUAUUUAUCACGAAAUAAAAAAUUAUUUUGAAAAUUUUUCAAUAGAUCAACCUGGAAUUAUACCGAAUGAAUUACUUGAAGUUAGCAUAAAAACAAAAACAGAUGAUUUGAUUAGCUUAACUAGUCAAUUUUCAGAAGUUAAUCCAGGAAAUGACGUACAUACGCGUAUUCUUCCAACAAAGAUACGUCAACAAAUUUAUGCUGCUUUAAGUAAUAGGGGAUUUACCAAUCCAGAUCAUCCACUCAUUCAAAGAAUUGUUAAAAAACUCUUGGAAUUAAUGGAUAGAUACAGAACAAUAGAAUCAAAAGAAAAAAAGGAUAGAUCACAGUUGAAAGCAAGACAUAUAGUUCAGCAAAUGAUGAAAUUGUUUUACUUUCGUAUAUACACUCAAGAACAACCUCCAAAACUUAUUUUUUAUGAGAAUGGUGAUUCUUUCGAUGGGUUGAGUAUGGAAAACCUUGCUUAUGAGGAUCCAGGGGAAUCUGAUGUUGAAUUUUGUGCAUUUCCAGCGGUAGCAAUUAUGGUGAAUAAUAGUGAUAUUUAUGUGCUUGCUAAAGCAAAGGUAGUAUUACAACCUAGAACUGAUAAUAUAACCGUUCUUAAUUGA